AAACAGCAGGGCAUCGGGGAUAGUUACCGAUAGUUGUUAUUUGCAUUAAGUUUGUGGAAAGAGGAAGAUCGACACUAUAUUGUACAAUUAUUGCAGGGAGAGAAUUUGAUACAGAUUGAUACAAGUACUACUGACUUAAAUUAAGUAAGAAAGAGUCGACUAAUGAUGAUAAUGCACGCGACAUCUGCUAGGCAUAUUCCAGUCAUUUUUACACAAGUGUGAACGACGGUUCUCAAAUUAUGCUGAAUAAAAGAACACUUGGCAGAGAAAUGAGCACCCGCAACAGGUUUCCUGUGAGCAAGCAAGUGAAGACAGGAGUGAAAUUGCCUUUUCAAAUGGAGCCUCGUUUCCAGCUCAUGUAAAUGAGUACUCCAUGAACUCUGAGACUUCUUUUGUCAGAGAUGGAUUUUUAAACCCGCCUGAAAGAGACCCAGCUAGGCUUCCGUCUCCUCAUUAUGGAGUAACUGAAGCUACCGUAAGACUAACUCACCAAGCCAGACAUCCGCUGUAUGCUGUGUACGGUGAAAGACUUAGAUCAUUUGCUAGAUGGACACGUACAAACCCUGAUCCAGUUUGUCUUUGCAACGCAGGAUUCUUCUUUACAAAUGAAGGUGAUCUGGUUCGAUGUUUCUUUUGUGGCAUAGGCCUAAAGGACUUUACAGACAGUGAUGAUCCUUUGCGUGAACACGUUCGACAUUCUGAAAAAUGUCUGUACCUAUUUGAUCACCUUGGAACGGUCAGAUUAGCUUCCAUAAAGGCUAGUUGUCAGGAUCAAGACAGACUUAAAGAUAAUUCCGCUACUCGGUGUCGACAUCCCGAGUAUCAGUCUUAUGAAUCCCGUCUCUCUUCAUUUACUGACUGGCCGACUCAUUUGUCUCAAAAACCGGAAGAUUUAGCAGAUGCUGGGCUAUAUCAUAUUGGAUCAGAAUCGGAACAACUGUACGAAAGUGUGAUCACUGUUUUCGAUAAGUGUUUUCGAGAAGUUCUAUCCUCGUUGCAUCAAGGAUUCAGUAUUUAAGAGAACAGGGAUACGUCGAACAAGCCAGUUAUAACAUCUGGGUGUUGAAGAUCUUGUACGAUGUUUUAGUUGUGAUGGAGGGUUGAAGCGAUGGGAUGCUGAGGACGUCCCGUGGACUGAGCAUUGUCGUUGGUUCCCAACAUGCCCAUAUGCAAGAGAAAUAAAAGGCGAGGACUUUAUAGCUCUAGUCCUAGCUUCUUCAGCGUAUAAUCAGGAGGAACCAACAUAUAACGAAGAAAGUCUUGGUAGUGAUGACCUGCAAGGAGCAAUGAAUCAGAUGACACUUAGAGAUCCUGUAUUAAGAGCUGCGCUAGAGGAACACAAAACCACGUGUCUAGAAAUGGGAUAUGACAUUGCUGACGUAAAUGAAGCUGUAGAUGAUUUAAGGAAUAUGGGAACUAUUACACCGACUAUUGAAGAGUUAAUUGACAUGGUAGAGGUUGUUAAAGAAAGAAAACAAAGUAAGGAGAUAGCUCGCCAAUUGGAGAAUCGUCAUCAAG